CUAUUUCUUUUCUUUUUUCUUUCCAUGUUGAGGUUUUAAGCUAAACGACGCCGCUUGUCUGCAUUGUCCGGUUGAACAAGAAUUAGCAGAGAAACCCUAGAUAGCAAAAAUCCCCAAACUUCCGGAUAUGGCAAUUGUACGGACUGGAGUGUACGUCGACGACUAUCUUGAAUACGCAAGCACAUUGCCUGCUGAGCUCCAGAGGCUCCUCAACACCAUCCGAGAACUCGACGAACGCUCCCAAUCCAUGAUACACCAGACGAGGCAGCAGACUAAGUACUGUUUGGGAUUGUCUUCACAGAGCUCAAGGAAAUGGAACAAUAACCAUAACUAUAAUAACAAUGAAGAAGAUGAAGCGGCAAUUGAGAAAAUCCGAAAAGAAGUCGAAGCAAAUCAAGAUAAUGCAUUGAGUCUAUGUACUGAGAAGGUUUUGUUGGCGCAACAAGCUUAUGACCUGAUAGAUAGUCAUGUAAAACGACUUGACGAGGAUCUGAAUCACUUUGCAGAAGAUUUAAAGCAAGAAGGAAAAAUACCACCCGAUGAACCAGCAGUUCUUCCUCCAUUACCUAUAGCCCCUAAAAAUGAAAAGCGCAAGGCUGUUUAUGUAACACCUCAAUCAAAAAGGCUUGAUUAUAGGGAUAGGGACUGGGAUCGAGAGCGCGAUAGGGACUUUGAACUCAUGCCUCCCCCAGGAAGCCAUAAAAAGGAAUAUGCUCCUGUUGAUGUUGAGCAACCCAUUGAUCCAAAUGAACCUACCUACUGCGUUUGCCAUCAGGUCUCUUUUGGAGAUAUGAUUGCCUGUGACAAUGAAAAUUGCCAAGGAGGCGAAUGGUUCCAUUAUGCAUGUGUUGGGCUGACACCAGAGACAAGAUUCAAGGGAAAGUGGUAUUGUCCAACAUGCAGACUACAACCACAAAGUCAAUAAUUGUAUGUUUUGCACAGCCUAAGUUGCUUUAAUAAACCAUUCAUGUGUUGUUUCAGUAUCUUUUCCCUAGAAAGUGUGGGAAGAAGGCUAUGAGUCUAUGACUAUAAUCUGUAAGGUUACGAUUGUGAUGGAGAUGUGAUCUAUCAGAUUCUUACCUGUAUCUAUUUCUUUGCUCUUCCCUCUUUAA